GUUAUGUUUAUAGUAACCAGGCUUCGUAAGCCUCGAUUACUUUUAAUGAGGGCGUGUUCGCGCCUCUCGGGCCUCGUUCAGAAUGCCCGAUGAAACCUGAACUAGAGGCUGAGCGUACAUGGUUGGACCACUAUUUAAGUAGCAUGUUACUAAGAGUCUGUCGCGUGGAUAUCUUCGAUAAUCAGAAUCGAAAAUUCGGCCUAAACGAAGGAGCAGCAAGUUAGCCGUCUGUCUUGUCAUUAUCUCCUUCGCCAUGAGAUUUCAAAAUACAAUACUUGUUUUGUUCUUUUCACUUUUUAUUUCGACUCUAUGUAAAAAUGACGACGAGUCAGCCGCGGUGUUCAUCUCUUCUCUGAGCUCCAGUUCUGGACAUCUCACCUUCGCGCUCAGUGCUUCCGACCCAACUGUGUCCCAAGAUGUGUUCUUUCAUAUCUCCGGGCCGUCUAGCUACUCAUAUAUCGGGAUCGGAACAGGCACUGUCAUGCAAGGCGGACUUAUGUUUGUGAUGUACUCAAAUGCGACGGGAGACGGAAUUACUCUCAGUUCCCGAAUAGCAACUGGCAACAACGAACCUGUUUUCUCACCUACAUUAGAUAUAGAUAUCCUCCCGGGAAGCAAUACCUCGAAUGGUUUAAUGACCGUCAAUGCGCGCUGUAAGAAUUGUCUCAGUUGGAGUUCCGGUGCGCUGAAUCUGAGUGACACGGUGUAUCCAUGGAAUUAUGCAUUGGGACCAAACACUGCUCAGAACGUAAAGCUCACGAGCAAUUCACCGUCGGCCUGUCUCGAAAUGCACGUUGAAUAUGGGCUAUUUACUUUGGAUAUGACUCAUCUGACAAUGGGCGCUGGAGCGUUACCAACCUCUUUUACAAGUCCGAUCGGUUCCAGAGCGAGCGGUUCGCCAGUCCUAACAAGCAACUUCCCUACUAUCAUCCACGCAGUCCUAGCUACCAUACCACUGGUCUUGUUCCUACCAACCGGUGUCAUUUUCCUACGCAUCUUCCCCGGUAGUGUGCGGUGGCAUUGGGUAAGCCAAACAGUUUCUUCGGUGAUUGGCCUUUUCGGAGCAGCCGUAGGGUUCUACCUCAGCACUUGGUUCAACAAGUCUAAGUCAUUUAGUAGCGGACAUCAAAUUAUUGGAUACAUUAUUUGCGCCGGUAUGAUUGUGCAGUGGUUUCUCGGGUUCUGGCAACAUCGGAUAUAUAAACAAAAGCAAAGUCCGACUAAAUAUGGCCUUAUACACCGCUAUCUCGGUCACUUUGUCUUCGUUCUCGCAAUUAUAGACGGCGGUGUAGGACUUUCCUGGAGUUACACCGCCUCACCUGUUAUCAUAGGCUAUUCUGUCGCUGUUGGUGUCGUUGCAAUUGUUCAUUUUUCUCUCGUGGCCUGGAAACGCUGGGAAAAACAGAAACCCCACGGUGUGGGCAUUUUUGAGAUAAAAACCCAACAAAAUUCCCCAGAGGCGGACAGAAACUUGUAGUAUAUUCUAUUUGAUAUUGUGCUUCUGGGGCUAUACUUCCCAUUGGUGGUCGUGGUGAUGCGGCUGAUUAUACAUUUGAAUCUGUUCAGGGUGCAGUAUCUCAACUAACUGCGAGUUGAUUCAAAGUUUAUGAUAUUACGAUUAUGGAUCUGAUAUAGAUUGG